ACUAAAGAGAAACAAAAACCAGUAUACACUUGUUAUAAAUUCAAACCGAAAAACAACAAAUUUGAAGCUUCUCGUUGCGCUUAAUCAUCACCGUCACCGCCGACAAUGAUCGCCGCUAAACGACUCAUACAGAAAGCCGUAAACAGCCACAAUCACCACCUCAAGGUGGAGGUGCAACGUGGCAGCUUGAAAUCGACAGACUUGGAUUUACAUAUCUCUGUUCAUUAUGGAAUUCCUUCUACGGCGUCGCUUCUUGCUUUUGACUCUAUUCAACGCUUGUUAGCCAUUGCUACACUUGAUGGAAGAAUUAAAAUUAUUGGUGGUGAUAGAAUUGAAGCAAUUUUUAUAUCCAAAAAGCAAUUGCCUUAUAAAAACAUUGAGUUUAUACAAAACCGGGGUUACUUAAUCAGUAUUUCAAAUGAGAACGAUAUAGAGGUAUGGAAUCUGGAGACUAGAUGCCUAGCACAUUGCUUACAAUGGGAAUCAAAUAUAACUGCAUUCUCUGUAAUCAGUGGCUCCUACCUCAUGUAUAUUGGAGAUGAAUUUGGUUUGACGUCUACUCUGAAGUAUGAUGCUGAUGAUACCAAGCUUUUACAGCUGCCAUAUAACAUACCGUCAAACCAUUUAAAUGAAGCGGCUGGAUUUCCAACAACUGAGCACCAACCUAUUGUGGGUGUUCUUCCUCAACCCUCUUCCUCUGGAAAUAGAGUGCUGAUUGCAUAUGAAAAUGGAAUUAUAAUUCUUUGGGAUGUUUCUGAAGCUCGGGUACUUUUUGUUGGAGGUGGCAAGGAUCUCCAGUUGAAGGAUGGAAAUGUUGACUCUCAGAGUGAACCACAUGCUAAUAUUCAAGACAGCACCUCUUACAAUCAACUGGAAGACAAAGAGAUAAGUGCUUUAUGCUGGGCAUCUUCCAAUGGGUCCAUUCUUGCUGUUGGAUAUGUAGAUGGUGACAUCUUGUUUUGGAAAACAUCAACUGCUUCCUCAAUUAGUAGUCACCAAAAUGAAUCUGCUAGCAGCAAUGUUGUUAAGUUGCAAUUAUCAUCUGGUAAGAGGAGACUACCUGUUAUUGUCUUACACUGGUCUGCCAGCAAUAAAUCCAGUAGUAGUAGUUGUGACGGUCAACUAUUUAUCUAUGGUGGUGAUGAAAUAGGAUCUGAAGAAGUCCUAACGGUUUUGACGCUAGAAUGGUCAUCUAGGACGGAGACAUUAAGAUGUACCGGUCGUGCUGAUAUCGCACUCCCUGGCUCUUUUGCUGACAUGAUUUUGAUACCAAGUGCUUGGUCGACAGGGGGUAGUCAUCACAGAGCUGCUCUUUUUGUAUUGACAAAUCCUGGACAACUGCGUCUUUAUGAUGAAGCUAGCUUAUCUGUUUUAUUAUCUCAGCAAGAGGGGGAGAAAUCUGUCUCUGCUUUGGAGUGUCCUGCAGUGGUGCCUAUGGCUGAUCCACCCAUGACUUUUGCAAAAUUCACUGAGUUGCCUGUGGCUGAAAACUCAUUAAACGAUCUAUCUGUGAUUGCCCUAGCCAAUGAACAAGACACCUUGCUUGGCCCAGCUGGUGGUAGAAAGUGGCCCUUGACUGGGGGUGUACCUACUCAUUUGUCUUCAGCAAAAACACUUAGUAUUGGAAGGAUGUACAUAGCAGGUUAUCAAGAUGGAUCUGUUCGGUUGUGGAAUGCCUCAUAUCCUGUCCUAUCUCCUAUUUGCAUCAUAGAAGGCAAGGUGGAAGGUGUCGAUGCUGCUGGCUUUUGUGCUCCAGUAUCAAAUCUGGACUUCUGCUCUCUCACCUUACAUUUGGCAGUUGGCAAUGAACAUGGGCUGGUUCGUGUUUAUAACCUCAGUGGUAGCUCAAUUGAGAAGUGUUUGCACUUUGUGACGGAGGAUAAAAACAAAAUUCACAAUCUGCCUGAAGGGAAAGGACCUCAGUGUAGUGCCAUUUUUUCAUUUCUUGCAUCCCCAAUUCAUGUGCUACAUUUCACAAAGACUGGAGCCAAACUUGCUGUAGGUUUUGAAUGUGGCCGGGUGGCAGUUCUUGACAUGAGCUCGUUAUCAAUUCUGUUCCUUACAGACAGUGUUUGUAGCCCUAGUUCUUCAGUCAUUUCGGUGACAUGGGCAAAAUAUGAAAACAUUGCUAGCCUUGUAAAAAGCCCAAAGCAUUCAGAAACUAAUAUUUUGAAGAACCCUGCAAAUGAAGUUAUUUAUUUCUUAACCAAGGAUGGGGUUCUUAACAUUGUUGAUGGUAGUACUGGUGGCAUGAUUAGCUCUCGUCCCUGGAACCUGAAAAAGAAAUCAAUUGCUAUUUCCAUGUAUGUUAUAGACGACCAUACUCUAGACUCUAGCUCAAGUAGUGGCAAGCAUAUGGAGACUAAACAGGAUGCAACUACAAGUAGUGGUGAGCCCAUGGAUACAGCUGUUUCAACAGGCAUUAACUCAAAAAGUAGCGAACAUCAUUCCUCUUCAGGUGUCUCACUUGCAUCAGGAAGAUUAAUGGAUUCACUUCUUUUAGUUUGUUUUGAGGAUUCAGUGCGCUUGCACUCUGCUAAGAAUGUGAUUCAGGGAAACAAAAAAUACAUUUCUAAAGUGAAACAUGCAAGCCCUUGCUGUUGGACAUCCAUAAUUAAGAAAAAUGACAGAGUUUGUGGACUGAUCUUUCUGUUUCAGACUGGAGUAAUUGAAAUCAGAUCCUUUCCAGAUUUUGAACUGAUGAAAGAUAGCUCCUUAAAGUCUAUUCUUAGGUGGAACUUCAAAUCAAACAUGGAGAAGAUGAUGAGUUCUGACAAUGAGCAGAUGGUAUUGGCAAAUGGGUGUGAGUUGGCUUUUAUCUCUCUACUAUCUGGCGAAAGUGGUUUGAGGAUUCAAGAGUCUUUUCCAUGUCUUCAUGAUAAGGUCCUUGCUGCUGCUGCAGAUGCCGCCAUUAGUUUUUCAUCAAGUCAGAAGAAAAAACAGGGUAUUAAACCUGGGAUUUUAGGUGGUUUUGUCAAAGGCUUUAAGUCUGGAAAAACAGAGCAGGAUGUGGAUUUCACACCAACAGCUCAGUUUAAUUUUAGUCACCUAGAGGCCAUUUUCUCAAAGUCUCUGUUCCCAGAUUUACCACCAACACUCACAGAUGGCCAGGAAGUCCUUAACAUAGAUGAUAUCGAGAUAGAUGAAUUCCCUAUAGACACAACUACUUCUUUAUCACAUGAAGUGAAAAAAGUGAAAGAUAAGAGUACAGAAAGGGAACAGUUAUUGGGAAAGGCUGACGACAUGCAACCCCGACAUAGGACACCUGAAGAAAUUUAUGCUCAUUAUAGAUUAGCUGGGGAUGCUUCAGCAAUUGCUGCACAUGCUAGAAAUAAGCUUGUGGAAAGGCAGGAAAAACUGGAGAGAAUUAGCAGGCGCACUGAAGAGCUGCAAAAUGGAGCUGAAGACUUUGCAUCAAUGGCAAAUGAGCUUGUGAAAGUUAUGGAGAAUCGAAAAUGGUGGCAAAUAUGAAGGGAGUGCUUUUGGGCGAUUUUGAUAAUUUGAUUGCUUACAUCCUUGUUGGAUUGCUGUUACAACUAGUUGAAAUUUCUUACACUCUAGCCAUAUAUCAACGGUUGGCAUGAUAGCUUGCAAUUGAAGCUUAAAGCAGUCGCAAGGAAUCUUCCUCGUCUUUGAUGUAAAGUGUACUUUGAUUCGUGGAAGUGGAAUAGAAUAAUAUACAUAAAACGGAACAAAAUAGUUAUUUUUGCUUUUCUGAGAGAAUUUUUAUAUAAAAAAUAUUAAUUAAUUUUAUGAAAUUAUUAUAUUUAGUUCA